UUCCGUUGUAGAAUAUAUGGUUCUAAUUCCUAGAGACCAUUAAAUAUUCAAGAAAUAUUUGUGACUGAAUGUGGGUUCGGUAUCAGCAACUGCAACCAGUUCAUAUAGAGGCUAUGUUAUUGCAGGUGUAUUUAUUGUAAGAUGUUUGUGUUUUGCAUCCGUUGUGCAGCCUGAGUUGCGAUUAUUAUUGUUUAUAUGUGAAUGCUGGAAACUGAAGAAAUUGGUGUCUCAAUACUUCAAGAUUUACACCAGCAGCGUGAGACUCUUCUGAACUCCCAUAAGAAGCUUCAUGGGGUAGAUGAUGCUAUCGACAAGAGUAAGAAGGUUGUAACGAGCAUGUCACGAAGAAUAACUACAAACAAAUGGAUCGUUGCAUCUGUGAUUGGAGCUCUUGUUCUUGCUAUAGUUGUUAUUCUAUUUUACAAGCUAUCUCAUUAACUAAUAAUAAUAUGCACAAGAUACGACAGGGUGCAAGCUAUAUUUUAUGCUUGUAUGUGCUUCGUUGUAUAUAGGAGCCAUUUGUGAUGCUUUUUGUUUAUGCUUUUUUUUUGUUUUGUUUUUUUUUGAAGUAAAAAGCGUAUACUUGAUUCAAGUAUUUUGUUGAUGU